UCAGAAGCUAUAUAAUGAGCGCUGAAAGAGGCGCUUUAGUCUUUUUGUUUCAGCUCCUGAUCAAAGAUGGAUCUGCAAAUCUCAGUUUUUCUUCUGUUCAUCCUUUUCACUGCAGGACACUCUCUCUACUGUUAUGAGUGCAUGGGUCUGACGGGAUUUUGUGUAAAAAAACCGGUGAUGUGUCCCUUCGGCGCUUCUAACUGCGUGAGUUCAACAAUGGUAGUAGAAAUUGGUAACAUCAGAUCCAACAUGAAGAUUAAAGGUUGUUCUCUUGGCUGUAAAAGUGGCUCCAUGAACCUCGGCAUUUUAAAGUCAUCUUAUUCCUGCUGUGGCACUAGCUUUUGUAAUGCCAAAGACUCUCCAGAACCCAAUACAAUUGUUCGCAAUGGAAAGACCUGCUACUAUUGUGAUGGAUUGAGCUGCUCAAACAUAUUGAGCUGUUCAGGGAGUGAAGACCGCUGCAUUACAGCAACAGGGUCUGUUGAAGGCCAGGCAACUGUGGUAAAAGGCUGUGUUGCUAAAUCCAUUUGUGAUUCUAAAACAUUAGCUAAUCGUUUUCAGGACAUCUCAUGUUGCAAGGGGAACCUGUGUAACGGUGAUGAAAGUGUAGCCGAGAGCAUCACCCAGAGCUUCAUCCAGAAUAUCACCCAGAGUUUCAUGUAUGACGAUGAUGAAAGUGUCACCCAGAGCUUCAUCCAGAGUGUCACCCAGAGCUUUGUGUAUAACAAUGCUGAGAAUGUCAAGUAUAGUGAUGCUAAGAGUGUCAAGAAGAGCUUCAUGUAUGAUGAUGCUAAGAGUGUAACUUAUAAUGUUGCUCAGAGCGUCUCUCAGAGCUUCUUGUUCUUCUGCACUUCUCUGCUCUUCUUCAUUCUGCUGAACUAAAUCCAGCAGCUCUGGAUUCUGCAGGAAGGCCAUUAUCUGACAUGCUGAAUAUAGCUUGUGUUUCUUUGUUCUAUCAUUACAGGAAAUUAUCACACAUGUCCUUUCUGCUUUUUUAAGUUUAUGAGUUUAACAUUUUGCAGGGUACAGAGCUAUGGCUAGUAACAAAUCCGGGGAAAAACCCAGUUUAUUCAUGUAUUUUGAUAAAUAAAUAAAUGUAAUGUAAGCAAAUAAUCAAAUAAAAUUUUACAGAA